GCUGAUAUUGUAAAAGAUUCUAAUAUAGAUGAUCAGGCUUGUGCUUAUUUCAAAAAAAUAGAAACUGGUGAUGAAUCCACACUUGCAUUAUGGAAAAGGUUUAAAAAUCUUAGUAUAGAAAGAUACAAAGAUACUUAUGCUUAUCUUAAUGUUAAUUUUGAUAUUUAUUCUGGUGAAUCACAAAUUAGCAAAUAUAAAUUAGAUGUUGCGAUAAUUCAAAAGAAUGAUAGUACAAUCUUAUAUAUUACUCGAGAUAUUGGUGCUGCUAUGGAGUGA